AUGAAGACCAAGGAACUCACCAGUACAAUCCAUCAUCCAAAAAUGGAAAAUGUAUUCUACACCUGCAAACUUACCAAGACAUGGCCAUUGUCCACCCAAACUGACAGAUCAAGCAAGGAGAGCACUGCUCAGAGAAGAAGCCAAGAGGCCCUUGGUCACUCUGGAGGAGCUGCAGAGAUCCACAGCUCA